AAACUUGCGAUUUUUCGAGGUUGCUGUUGCCAACGAUUGUCGACAGCAGAGAACAGACGACCGCGCUCCUUUCUUUCUCUCCUCACCUCCUCGAGCUCUCACCCCACUCCCACUCACAUACCCCCCCCUCCCCUAACACUCACACAACACACACGACACACCAGCUCGCACGUGUGGCUCGCAUGUGAAGCACCCCUACUAUCCCCUUCUUCCUUGUUUUUUUCUCUUUGAUCCCACCCCCUCCCUUCCCCCGUUUUACAGGUUGUUGGGUACCUGCUGAUCUACUACGGUCAGCUUCGUAAAAACCCAAAGCGCACCGUCGUGGUUGGCGUACGACAAUGGUGGCAUCUUCCAUGUCGCUGAGUCGGCUGAUGUGGGCUGCACUGGCAGCGCUCGUGGUGCUGGGCGUUGUGAUGCAGCAAACGAGCGUGGGCCUUGUGGUUGCGCAGGAGCAAGCAGCACAACCAGAACCUGGUGCUGCAGUGGCGCAGCACCAGGACGAGCAUGCGAAGCCUGCUGCGGUCGACGGCAACAAUGUUGCCGACAUUCAACGACAGCAACAAGACCAGAGACAAGAGGAAGCGGCAGUAAAGGAGGAGCAGCAGCAGCAGCGAGAGGAAGAAGAAGCGAAACAUGAGGAGCAGCAACAAGAAGGAAAGGACGAAGCACAGGAGCAGCAACAACAGCAGCAGCAGGAGCCUGCAGCUCAACAACAGCAGCAGGAGCCUGCAGCUCAACAACAGCAGCAGGAGCCUGCAGCUCAACAGCAGCAGCAGGAGCCUGCAGCUCAACAACAGCAACAGGAGCCUGCAGCUCAACAGGAACAGGAAGAGCAGCCAGCGCAAGAAGAGCAGGCAGAGCAGGCAGCCAAUGCGCAAAAGGAAGAAGCGCCAACACAACCACUGCAGCAGCAAGAAAAGCCGUCUCAAGAACACAAGAACACAGAGGCUCCAGCCCAAGAAGACAAGAACACAGAGGCUCCAGCUCAGGCCGACGUUCAGCAGCAGCAACAACAGCAACAACAACUGCAGCAACCAAAUGAGAUUCAACAGCCAAAGGCGGAGCCAAGGCAACGUGGAGACAAGGCGCCGCCACGGCCACGGCGCCCGCUGACACCGGAGGAGGAGGAGCGCAAGAAGCGGAUUGAAGAGCGACGGGCUGCGCAGGAGAAGUUUGAGAAGGAACACGCGGGACACGAGAAAAUGCACUUUGAAAUGUUCCUGCUGCUGAUCGGCACCCUCAUUGCCGCACAGAUUGUGCUGAACAUGUGGCGGCGGUACCACUUCAACUCGUACCAAGCCGUGACGCUUGUGGGUCUGUGGGUCUUUCCGUUUUAUUUUGCAGUGCGACACGAGAUCCUGCACCUGCUGUUGUCGUGGACGGCGUUCACCAUCGCCACGGGCUACAUCGCAUUCAAGGCAACGCGGCCCCAGAUUGGCGUCCGCACCCCACGGUUGGUGUACACCUACUUCUACUUUGUGAUCAAGCUGACGAGCAUUGUUGCCGUCGUCGGCUACUUCAUUGCCAUCCUCGAUUUCGUCAUUGGCCACCUCCUCCCGCAGCCAGCAAACACAACGCUGAUGGCGCUUGGCUUCUCCGGCAUGUUCUAUGGCCUCUAUUACGGCGUGAUGAGCCGCGACUUUGCUGACAUAUGUGCACGACGAAUGGCAACAAACAUCGGGUACUACUCGGCCACAGGAUUCCCGCGCAAGCAACUCACGGGCAACACGUGCGCAGUGUGCGGCGACCGGGUCCGGACUGACGGCUCUGAGAAGCGAGCACAGCUUGACUGCGGGCACACCUUCCACGAGUUUUGUAUCCGCGGAUGGUGCAUCGUUGGGAAGAAGCAGACUUGCCCGUACUGCAAGGAAAAGGUUGACCUUGCUCGACAGUUUCCAAGCCCUUGGUCACGAACAGAUGUCACAUACGCGCAGCUCUUGGACAUUCUGCGCUACUUCGUUGUCUGGUACCCCGUCAUCAUCAAUGUGGUGCAGGCAGAGUACUACACGUUAGGUCUCAAGUGAUGUGUAUGUUGAUGUCGUGGGGACGGUGAUGGUAUGCCGAGAGGUGUGUUGCGGAUCAGUAAAGAAAGCAAUCUUGAAGUGAACUGCCAUUCCAAUGAUUUCAGUCAUCAUUAUUGCAACCGCCAUCAUCAUAUUGUCUAUUCUGUUGUUACACAG